GGCACAAAACUGAAAAAAAAUGUUUGCAGGCUAUUUAAGAUUCACCAAGCCUCGUGGUCGUGGUCUAGGUGAAUUUUCUAGAUUGGAAAAAAGAAUCGCAACCCAGUCUAGCAUCACGUACAUUCUGCUGCACACCACGAGUUUUCUGUUACCUGUAGCAGCAUCCCCAAAACCCACUUCGCAAUGGCUCCAGUAGCGGAUACCUCCGCCACCGAAUACAAAGGGUCAUCGAUGAACGAUGCCAACAAGAACGCUUAUGCGAAAACACCCAUCGGUUACCACCAUAAGGACUACAUCAAGCCAUACAAAGGUACAAACACUCACUUUCCAUUCUACCUUGUGCAGCCGGAUGUUGAUGCUUGGGUUGCUCGCCGGGAAGAUGUCGCUAUUUCCGGUUUCCCGAAAUCAGGGUCUUCCCGGUUAUCGGCAAUCGUCGGAAUGAUUCAGCAUGAUGCCGAUCCCGCGUUUAUGGAAGCGGGUGCACAUUUGGAUCGAAAGAUCCCUUUUUUCGAAUUCUGCACUCCCCUCAACGAAAAGGGACCACGGUCCAUUGAUGAUCUGCUCAAGCUUGAAGGCGGACGAACAUACUUUACCCAUUUAGGAUACGAUGCAUCUCCACCCAGCUUGCUGCCUAACGGAGCCAAAAUUGUUUACCACAUCAGAAAUCCGAAAGACGUAAUGGUGACCUUGUACUACCAUUUUAUUUCACGCAUCCUUUCCAAAUAUACCGGUGACCUUGGUGAUAUCGUUGACGCCUUCGUCACGGACAAAAUCGUGUAUGGUCCGUAUUUCGACCAUUUGGCCAGCUACUGGAAGAUGCGAGACCACCCCAAUGUCCUUAUUGUGUCCUUCGAAGAAAUUACCGAGAAUUUCCAUGAUACAGCCAAACGGAUCGGCAAGUUCAUGGGAAAAGAUUUAACAGAAGAACAGUUAAAGGCCAUGGAGCGAGUGUGCUCUUUUGAUGCGAUGAAAGCUAACCCACUCACUAAUCGCUACGACAAACACAUUGCCGGUAUCUACGAUCACAACAUUUCCCCGUUUCUUCGUUCCGGGGUACCAGGCGCGUGGCGAGAGCAUUUGACACCGGAAAUGAAUCAAAAAGUGAACACAUGGAUGGCUAAGAAUCUUGCCCGGGAAGACCUCAAAGGUUUAGCCGAAAGAUUUCCUUCUACAUUUACAUUUAACUGAAAAAACAGCAAAAACAAACAAGUUCUUCAUACAUAUGCAGAAGUUUUCUUAUCCUUGUGCCUGAUUUUGGGAGCAACUAAAGGCUGUUUAAAGACUGCGCCCGGCGCAGUUAGUUAUACGUAUGUUUGUCCAAUUACAAUUUUUAAAUUUGCGGUUAGACCACUCUUACACGGCGCUACACGGUCAGAUGGCUACCUGCAUAAAAUAAGUAAACAUAAAAAAAUCAAAUGA